AAUAUAUCCAACAUACAAAGAAGCAUGGAUAGCUAUUUUCCAGGAUGUAAGCUGCAAUGUGUAAGACGUCUCUUGGUGAAAUUCAGCCUGCGUAAUGCUGAGGAGCUUUUACUUAUAGGCAUUUCUGAAUGAAUUGAAUAAAAAGAAGGAUCAUGCAGGCAUACCACGAAGCACUGGCUUUUACCUGUACUGCCACAUUGAAACUUAAUACAAACCUAAAAGCAUGUGGGAAUACAAAUGACAGAAACUGUAAGCAGCUGCAUACCAGCGUGAUGUAAACGUUGCCUUUCUGGCUACAGCCAUGGGAGAAAAUGUGACUUUCUGGGAGAGACUUGUGAUAGGACAUCCAGUGUGUAGUGACUGGAAGCAGGAGGCCGAAGGAUCCAUUUACCACCUGGCCAGUGUUCUCUUUGUAUUGGGCUGCAUGGGAGGAAGUGGAUACUUUGGGCUUCUCUAUGUGUACAUUUUAUUUGCUAUAAGUUUCCUCUGCAUCUCUAUAUGGGCUUGGAUGGAUGUUUGUGCUGCCGAUGUGUUCUCCUGGAACUUUAUCCUUCUUCUGAUCUGUAUUGUGCAGAUCAUUCACCUUGCCUAUCAGCUGAGGAGUGUCACAUUUGACAAAGAAUUCCAAGAUGUGUACUCUGCAAUUUUCAAACCCCUUGGGAUCUCGCUAACUAUAUUUCGGAAGAUCAUCUCAUACUGUAAUGCAGAGGUAGUGACGCUGGAAAGAGAUCAUUGUUAUGCUGUUCAAGGAAAAACGCCCAUUGACAAACUCUCUCUGCUUGUAUCAGGAAGGAUACGAGUAACAGUAGAUGGGGAGUUCCUUCAUUACAUUUUUCCUCUUCAGUUCCUGGAUUCUCCAGAAUGGGACUCGCUUAAACCUUCAGAAGAAGGGAUUUUUCAGGUAACUCUUACUGCUGAAACAAAGUGCCGAUAUGUUACUUGGAGGCGGAAGAAACUGUAUUUGUUAUUUGCAAAGCACCGUUUUCUCGCUAGACUGUUUUCACUGUUGAUUAGCAGUGACAUUGCUGAUAAACUGUACACACUGAAUGAAAAAGUCUUCGUAGACAGUGGUUUUCGAUUUGACAUUAGGCUACCAAACUAUUACCACAGGGCAUUAUCAGACCAAGAACCAUCAACAUCUCCCAUGAUCCGGAUUCAGAAAUCUCCUUGACAGAAUAAAGCGUCAUGAAAGACUCUCUCCUCUUACCUCGUGUGCUUGGGGUUGUUCAUGCAUUAACCUUCACCCUCAGCAGUUCAUAAUAACCUCCAUAUUGGUUGGGAAGUGCCAUUUGACUAUAUUCAUCAUAAACAGUACUUAUUCUUUCAAAUUAAAUUAUUUUUUUUAUACUGGAAUGCUAACAGUACAUUGGAAUAGCAGUGCUGCCUCAUAAGUUAUAAAUUACAAGUUGUUUUUAAUGCCAAAUUAAAGCUCAACUGAGUGGUUA